AUGGAGUCUCCAUCCGCCAUCUUGAAUCCUGUCCAGACUGGAGUCCCGGAGCAGGGGUACGCACCCACGGUGUUUGAGAAGUACAGUGUUGAUCUGCAAAUGAAGGGCAAACCCGUCUGCCUCCAAAUCUGGGAUACAGCAGGGCAAGAUGACUAUGACCGCCUGCGGCCCCUGUUCUACUCCGAUGCCAGUGUCCUGCUCCUCUGCUUCGACGUCACCAGCCCCAACAGCUUCGAGAAUGUCUUCAACCGGUGGUAUCCUGAGGUGUCUCACUUCUGCAAGGAUGUGCCCAUUAUCGUAGUGGGCUGCAAGACUGAUCUUCGAAAGGAUAAGGUGCUGGUGAACAGGCUGCGGAAAAAUAAACUGGAGCCCGUGACCUACCACAGGGGCCAAGAGAUGGCAAGAUCUGUGGGUGCCGUGGCCUACCUCGAGUGUUCCGCUCGCCUCCACGACAAUGUCCACGCCAUCUUCCAGGAGGCAGCCGAGGUGGCUCUGAGCAGCCGCAGUCGCAACUUGUGGAGACGCAUUACCCAGAGUUUCUGCGUGGUGACCUGAGCCGCUGUCCCUGCUCUGGACUGCCCUCAUUGCCCAAGAAGGAGCCUGGGGCCGACUGCCAAGUAGGCUGAACCCAGGCACCAGUCCGGACUUCCACAGAUGAGCACUGGGAACUUAGAAAAGGGGUGCCCCAGGACCCCCAGCCCUGGAACUGUUAGCUGAGUCCCAGCACCCAGAUCUGUACCAUCAUCCUGAGUGGCUUGUACAGCCUGGACGGGCGCCACCUGGUGGCUGCUUCCAGGGUUGCACCUGCAAGUUCUGCCAGAACCCACACUCUACCUCUUCCCC